GAGCCGAGCAGUUGAAUGACAUCUAAUGAAACACGGGAGUUUACAGCGAGUCCUUUUGAGUUUUGCGCGUAGCUUGUCUUCCGAGCCAGGAGACAGUACGUUUUAUUGAAAAUCAUGGAAGAAAAAUCGAAUUCGUUUUCCAGCAACAAAGAAGUGGAAAAAGCAGAUGGGAAUAAUAUAUUUCAGAGGCAAGAUUCGAUACAGAAGAAGAAUAUGGGGAGCCAGAACAUGAAAUCAGGGGACCACCCGAACUCGGUGGGCUUCAAGGGUGACCAGGAGGAAGCCUUGGUCGGGUUCGACGAUCUAGACGGGUCCGGGAACCGACACGGCUUUGUGCAGAGGCAAUUUGGAGCGAUGAUGCAGCCUGGCGUCAAUAAGUUCUCCCUGCGAAUGUUCGGCAGUCAGAAAGCCGUUGAGAAAGAGCAAGAAAGGGUCAAAACUGCGGGAUACUGGAUCAUUCACCCCUAUAGCGAUUUUAGGUUCUACUGGGACUUGGUAAUGCUGGUCAUGAUGAUGGGGAACCUGAUCAUCAUUCCUGUAGGAAUAACCUUCUUCUCGGAGCAGACCACCACCACCUGGCUAAUAUUCAACGUAGCAUCAGACACAAUCUUCCUCGUGGAUCUGGUCAUGAACUUUCGCACUGGAAUCGUCAACGAGGAGAGCUCCGAGAUCAUCCUGGACCCCAAGGUCAUCAAGAUGAACUACCUGAAGAGCUGGUUUGUGGUCGACUUCCUCUCGUCCAUACCAGUGGAUUAUAUAUUUCUAAUAGUGGAAAAGGGGUUUGACUCAGAGGUGUACAAGACGGCGAGGGCGCUGAGGAUCGUUAGGUUUACUAAGAUUCUGUCUCUUCUGAGGCUGCUGAGACUUUCCCGACUCAUCAGAUACAUACAUCAGUGGGAAGAGAUCUUCCAUAUGACCUACGACCUGGCCAGUGCUGUGGUAAGAAUAUUUAAUCUGAUAGGGAUGAUGCUACUGCUCUGCCACUGGGAUGGUUGUCUACAGUUCCUGGUUCCCCUCCUACAAGAUUUCCCCCAAGAUUGCUGGGUGUCGCUAAAUGGUAUGGUUAAUGACUCGUGGGGUAAGCAGUACUCGUACGCUCUCUUUAAGGCCAUGAGCCACAUGCUGUGUAUCGGGUACGGCGCCCGGGCGCCCGUCAGCAUGUCCGACCUGUGGAUCACCAUGCUCAGUAUGAUUGUGGGUGCCACCUGCUACGCCAUGUUCGUCGGCCACGCCACCGCUCUCAUCCAAUCACUGGACUCGUCCCGCAGGCAGUACCAAGAGAAGUACAAACAAGUGGAGCAGUACAUGUCAUUCCACAAGCUACCUGCAGACAUGCGGCAGAAGAUCCAUGAUUACUAUGAGCAUCGCUAUCAAGGCAAGAUCUUUGACGAGGACAAUAUCCUGAGUGAGCUCAACGACCCUCUCAAAGAGGAAAUUGUGAACUUCAACUGCCGGAAGCUUGUGGCUACCAUGCCACUGUUCGCCAACGCAGACCCCAACUUUGUGACGGGCAUGUUGAGCAAGCUGAAGUUCGAGGUGUUCCAACCCAACGAUUACAUCAUCAGAGAGGGCACCGUGGGCAAGAAGAUGUACUUCAUCCAACAUGGUGUGGCCAGUGUUAUCACCAAGCUCAACAAAGAGAUGAAGCUGACUGACGGCUCCUACUUUGGAGAGAUUUGUCUGCUGACGAAGGGGAGACGCACGGCCAGCGUUCGUGCCGACACUUACUGCCGUCUCUUCUCCCUCUCUGUGGAUCACUUCAACGAGGUGUUGGAGGAGUACCCCAUGAUGCGCCGUGCCUUCGAGACUGUAGCCAUCGACCGCCUGGACCGCAUCGGAAAAAAGAACAGCCUACUCCUCCAGAAGUUCCAGAAGGAUCUGAACGCUGGGGUAUUCAACACACAGGAGAACGAGAUAUUGAGGCACAUAAUCCAUCAGGACAGGGAGAUGGUGAUGAUGGUGGACCGCAAGCAGUCGGUCACAGGGAUGUCGGUCACCGGGAUGAAUUCCACCCCGAUAUCUGGAAAUUCCAUGAUUAACUCUCCUGCUCAGCAGCCCUACACCACUGCCCUGGGCACCAACCAGUUUCAGCAGUCAUCCGCCCAUUUAACAUACAGUGCUUCGGGCGUCAUUGCUCCCUCUGCCGCAGCCACCGCCCGCAUCCUGCCAGCCUCGACCCAGGGUGUCUACCCUGUCCCCAGUGUCUCCAACAGCAGCCUGAACUCAUCCUCGCCUGUCCCCCAGACCCCCCUCUCUCUCCAGCAGCAAGGAGCUAUCAUGUCCCCAGUAUCCUGCAACACGGCUGUGUGCAGUCCACCUAUGCAGACCCCUGGGCUGGCAGGACGCAGCUUCCAGUAUGGCUCGCCCACUACCUCCCAGCUCUCCCUUUUCCAGCAGCCGCUGCCUACUGCCCUACCACCCCAACAACCACUACCACAGCAACCACAACAGCUGCCCCAGCAAACAGGAGGAGCUGCAGCCUCCUUGGCAACACAACAACCACAGCAGCAGCAGCAGCCAACACAGCAGCAAGUCCCUUCACCUCAGAGGAGUGACAUUCUCCACAAGGGCAGCCAUACUCUCCAGUCUGGAAGCCUGAGUCAAGAUGUACGCCACCUAUCUGCCUCCCAAUCCUCCCUGCCCCAUGACACAUCCCUGGGGCCCAGAGCGCACCCUGGAGUGUCCGGGGACUUCCUGUCCUCCAUCGUCCUGCCGGUGGCUGCAGUCCAGGGGCCAGGUAUGCAGAGCGGUCUCCGCACCACAUUGCCCCAGAGGGUCAACCUGUUCCGCCAGAUGUCAUCGGGAGCAUUGCCCCCGGUGCGAGCGGCAUCCUCUACAGCCCAGCACAGGGAUUCCACAGGUUCUAGAAAAGAUUCUAGAAGAGAUUCUAACUUAAGCAGUACAGAGACCGACCAAGAUAAGAUGCGGUUCGCAUCAAAUUUAUGAUCCCAUUUGACUUUUUUAAACUUCUGUUUGAAUUCACUUUUAAUGGAGAUACAAGAAAAAAUAACCUCAUAGAAUUCAUGUACAGACUACCCUUGUAUUAUAUUUUAGACACAUUUUCUUCCUAAACUUAAGAAUGUAUAUUAAACAAAUAUAUAUCAAUAUUUGUAAAUCCAACUAGAAUAUUUGGCAAAGACUAUUUAAAAGCUCUAGUAUAUAAAACAUGAGUAUUCCUUUCCGAAAAAUAUAAAUAUACAAUGUAUGGAUGUUUUCUGUUUGUUUGUUCUUCUCUGUUUUUGUAAACUGGAAUACGUCGUGAUGAAUCCUGACUAUUUCUAUUUUUUGUUUUGUACCUGCGAAAAGAGGAACAAAUAUCAUCUCAUACUACGCAGCUUUGUCACCACUGUGGAAUAACUGACGCAAGCGAACCUUGAAACUGUCAAAAAGCACACACUAAAUCUGAUAACAAAUUAGUUAGUAUUACUUCCUACAGCAGUUCGGGUCCAAAUGAAAUAAAUAUAAUUGCUGCUUUAUUUUUAUUUUUGGAGAGAAGGAUGAUGUGUGGGCGAGGGAUGGAUGAUUCUGUUUUUUCUAUUCCUAAUUUCAGACAGUGAUAGACGGUAUGUAAUGUUGCUUAAAAAACGGUGUACAUUUAUAAUAGACUGUGAUAUGAAGAUUAUCUAUAUGUGUCUAUAUGUGUGUUGUAAAUAGUUUUAUAGAUCUAGUAUUUGCAGAUACUGUGUGGUGCAUUCUCAAUCAUAACAGUAUCUUACUUCUUUCAGGAACCUGGAUAUCAUUUAUAUGUGGAAAAAAAGUGAACAAGUGACAGCAAUACAUAUGUUCAUUCGAGAUAAGAAAACCUUAAUGCAAUAGCUAGCACUACUUGAUACUGAGAAAUGCCUGUUCUGAAGUCAAACUGAGAAUCCUUAUUUGUCUGUAUAGUAUUUAUGUCCUUGUUUCAUAAUUCAUUAAAAAAAAUAUUAGGGAUAGGCGUCCCGUCAACGGGACAGUUGUAAAUAAUGCAGCACCUUGUGUCACGAUCGCAGACUUGAGAGAAACAACAAAUGUUGGUACAUAUAAGUGUCUUAUAUCGGCUGAAAGCUUAAAUUCUUGUUAAUAUAACUGCACUGUCCAAUUUACAGUAGCUAUUACUGUGAAAAAAUGCCAUGCUAUUGUUUGAGGAGAGCUCCUAACAACAAAACACUUUUCACUACGAUAGGUUUGAUAUAUUCACCUCUGAAGGUGACAUGUGUACUUACAUUCUGAAAUCUUGCUCUGAUUUAUCAUCCAAAAGGUUCCCAGAGAUAAUAUGUCCUUUUGUUAGAUAAAAUCGUUUUUCAUAUCCUAAAAAAUAUCCUAGCAUUUCCACACAUUCAAGUUGCAAAGAAGGAAUCUGUGAAAAUCUAACACUAAACGUUGUUUCAACCAGUCAAAUCACAUGUGUAUGUAUUCCCUAGAUGUCCUAGAAUGUAACCAGACUUCACUGUAGUAUUUCUUAUAUCCUAUUGGACACCAAAUUUGGUCAGAGAGCGAAGCCUUCAUGGCAUGCCGAUGACGCGGGCGGUCUUCACUUGAACGACUCUAACUUUGUCAAAUAAGCACCAAUCGGGGUCAAACAAAGCUAGCUAGAUAGCCAAUCUGCUACGGGAGUAUGCGGAAUCCUCGUAUCUGUCACAAAAUGUUGCUGCUAUCCUUGUGCAGAAAAAUGUAAUGUUAAUGUAAAUGUCUCCUACACGAUUUGCCCAAAUGUACCUGGGUGGCUUCACACUGAAUGUCAUGUAGUUCACUCAUACUUCAAGUUAUCCGUCUGAAACUUUGCACAUACACUGCCGCCAUCGUGUGGACACCAUCGGACUUCAACCAGAGCGAUGGCUAGAUUUCCGACCUUUCUGUUGUAUUUCAAAGAUGGUGGUAGUAAAAAAUAAAUGGUUGUUUUUUUCUUUGUA